AGCGCUGGCCCUGGGCCCGGAGGCGCUGAGAAAGGACUUCGCUGGAUUGGCACAGUCGCAGCUCCUGCAACACUCAUGGAGGGAGCGGCGGUUCGGCUGCUGCGCGGAAGCGCGCUGCUAAGAAGACAUGUCCCAACUUGCCUGUCUUCUUGGAAAACUCCUCCCCGUGUCCUGAAAUCUUCCCAGUCAGCAGCUCUGCUCGGUGUAACGGAUCAUGGGCCAUCCUGCGCCCCUCUGCAGAUGUUUACAGAGGAGGAGAUGAUGAUUAAGAACACGGUUAAAAAAUUUGCCCAGGAACAGAUUGCUCCUCUGGUUUCAACGAUGGAUGAAAAUUCAAAAAUGGAGGAAUCAGUAAUACAAGGAUUAUUUCAGCAAGGGUUGAUGGGUAUUGAAAUUGAAACAAAAUAUGGAGGAACAGGAGCUUCCUUUUUUUCCUCUAUCCUAGCGAUAGAGGAAUUAGCCAAAGUUGAUGCAUCUGUGGCUUUGGUGUGUGACCUCCAGAACACCGUCAUUAACAAUCUGAUUAGAAAACAUGGAACAGAAGAACAAAAGGCUACCUAUUUGACCGAGCUUGCGACAGAGAAAAUAGGAAGUUUCUGCCUUUCAGAGGCUGGAGCAGGUAGCGAUGCAUUUGCUUUGAAGACCAGAGCUGAUAAAAAGGGAAAUUAUUAUGUCAUCAAUGGGUCAAAGAUGUGGAUCACCAAUGCUGAGUAUGCGGGGCUCUUCCUGGUGAUGGCAAACAUAAAUUCUGACCUUGGGUAUAAAGGAAUUACCUGCUUCUUAGUAGAUCGCGAUACUGAAGGCCUUCACGUAGGGAAAGCAGAAAACAAAAUGGGGUUGAGAGCUUCUUCCACCUGCCCAUUAACGUUUGAAAACGUCAAGGUUCCAGAAACCAACAUCCUGGGACAAAUUGGACACGGCUAUAAGUAUGCCAUAGGGAGUCUUAAUGAAGGCAGAAUAGGAAUUGCUGCACAGAUGCUGGGAUUGGCUCAAGGCUGCUUUGACCACACUAUCCCAUAUAUGAAGGAAAGGAUACAAUUUGGCAAAAGGAUAUUCGAUUUUCAGGGGCUCCAACACCAAGUGGCUCAGGUGGCCACCCAGCUGGAGGCUGCAAGAUUGCUAAUAUACAACACUGCUAGGCUUUUAGAAGGUGGAAAGUCAUUCAUAAAAGAAGCAUCCAUGGCCAAAUACUAUGCAUCAGAGAUUGCAGGCCUCACAACCAGUAAGUGUAUCGAGUGGAUGGGAGGAGUCGGCUACACCAAAGAUUUCCCUGUGGAAAAAUACUUCCGAGAUGCAAAAGUUGGCACAAUAUACGAAGGAGCUUCAAAUAUCCAGCUCAACACCAUCGCAAAGUGCAUUGACACAGAAUACUGACGUCCACAGGGACGGGCCUCUCCCCCUUGUCUUGUCGCUGGCAUAAAAGUCUAAACUAUCGUGCCUUUUUGUGGAAGUAAACCUCCAUGGCAUUGAAGUAUUCUGUUCAAGGCCUUAGUCAUGAUUCUUGGGAUUGAUCUUUUGUGUUUUAUCUUUCCAGUCUGCAUAAAUUAGGCACCGGGAAAUCAUUUUUCAAAUUUGGGAAGAAGGGCAUCUGUGUUUUCUCCAAAACUGUUGUUAAAGUUGUACACGUGUAAAUCACUUCAGCUUCAGGACAGACAGACGUUUCACUCUGUCAGCAUUUGGAGAAAUGCAUGUGAAGUAUUACGUACAGACAUGACUGCUUUAUAUUCCUGUUAAAUCUUUAUUUUUUGGAUCAGAGAAACAUUUGUUAUAAUUGGCAAUUCUAUUGAUCGAUUCAAUUCUAAGUUACUAGCCUAGGUAGGAACUGAAAAUGUAUUUAGAAAAAUCUAAAAAAAAAGUUUUAAAAAAAUGUUUAUUUUGAAGGAAAAAGAGAGAGAGA